AUGACUAAAAGCACAAUUAACCGCAUAGUGUUUCGUAUGCUUCCUUGGUGUGGCAUCGGUUCAGACGGAAUAAUUAUUUUAAUCAGCAGAUUAUUUUGGAUUAUUACACUAGGAUUUAUUGGAUUCUGUCAUUGUCUCUAUUUUACGACGCAUUUAAAUGCGCAAAAUUUUUUUAACUUGGUAGAUUGUUUAUGCAGCUUCUUAGCACACGCGAAAGUAAUCACUAAACUCAUUGCGUUUUGGGUGAAUCAACGAAAAUUCGUGGAGACUUUGAUGUUAAUCUCGGACGACUGGAAUGAUUGCGCUAAGAAUGACAUCAGCAUGCGCGUAAUGACAGACAAGGCAAAAAUAUCGGAUCGUAUCACUAAUAUAAUAUUCAUCCUUCACACGGUGACGAUUGCUGCGUAUUGCAUAGGAACUAUCAUCGCUGAUGUCGAUAUUACAGAUAAAAUCGAGUUGCCACUUAUCAACAAAUUAGUACUUCCCUUCAGCGUUAAUACGCAGCGAGUGUAUAGAGCAAUGUUAAUCAUAGAAUCUAUACACAUGAUUCUUACAAAUUGGGCAUCUGGUGUUAUAAAUAUUAUAUUUUUGGCUAUGAUUAUACAUGUAGGUGGUCAAAUGGAUGUUUUGCAACGUUGGUUGGCAGAAUUUAUUCCUAAAGAAAUCGAAAAUGAGCAAAAAUCAAUCAUUAUCACGAUAAACAAGAUUAUUCUAAAGCAUCAAAAAAUUAUUCAAAUUUCAGAAAGUAUCGAGAGUUUGUAUACGUACAUUGCGUUAUUGAUAUUCGCGUCAAACACAAUAUUAAUGUGCUCGCUAGGUUUUCUUAUUGUAACCGCUCUUGAUACUGACGAUGUUAUGGAGCAGAUGAUGAAGUGUCUUUUGUUUUUCAUGUCAACAAAUCUAGAGGCAUUCAUAUUUUGUUAUGCCGGAGAAUAUUUAAAUAGUAAGAGCAAAGAGAUUGGAUUUGCAACGUACAAUUGUGCAUGGUAUAAUUUGAAAUCUAAAGACAGUCGCAUUUUGUUACUCAUAAUAUUAAGAUCACAGAAACAAUUGACGCUAACAGCUGGCAAGAUAAUGGAUCUCACCUUAGAAUCCUUUACAAGUGUAAGAAUAAAACAGAAUAGAAGUAAACAGAAUAUAAUGAUCCGUAAAAGAAUUAUUGAUCGCAUGCUAGAAGUUAUUUGCACUUUGUACGGAAUAUGGCCAGAUUCACGCAUUCCAUUUUGCAAACUAUUUUGGAUUAUUAUAACAAUAAUUAUGCAAUUCUAUCAUUAUCGUUAUUUUUUGAUACAUUUUAAUUCCGAUGAACUUUCCAAUUUGAUGGAUUGUUUGAGUAGCUGUAUGUCAUAUAUGAAAUUCACGACUAAAGUUAUUGUGCUUUGGAUAAACCAACGAAAAUUCUACAAAACUUUGGAAAUGAUGACGGAAGAUUGGGAUAGUUGUGCCGACAAUGAAAUCUACAUACAUGAAAUGAUACGCAAAGCGAAACUGUCGAAUCGCAUUAAUAUCGUGAUAGUACUUCUUCAAUUAAUCAGUGCUUUUACAUACUGCGUAAAUGUCAUCUUGGCUGAUGUUGAUGUCACUGAUCAUACAUCCGAGUUGUUAUACAUCCACAGAAUGGAACUUCCUUUUGACGUGAACACAAAAAGAACUUACAAAAUAAUCUUAUUAACGCAAACUGUAAUUUGUAUCAUGGUCAGCAUGGGUACAGGUGUUAUAAAUUCUUUACUUGUCGUAUUGGCAAUUGGUACACCCGAUGCAGUGGAGCAGAUAGUAAGAUCUAUUUUCUUUUUUGCUGGAACAAAUCUAGAAGCGUUUGUAUUUUGCUUUGCUGGAGAAUAUCUGAAUAACAAGAGUAAAGCGAUUGGAAAUGCAGCAUAUAAUACUGCAUGGUAUAACUUGAAACCUGAGAAUAGCCGUAUCUUAUCAUUUAUAAUAUUAAGAUCACAAAAGCAACUAACGCUCACUGUUGGAAAAAUGGCCGAUCUCUCCUUAGAAUAUUUUACAAGUGUAAGACUUAUGCAUAGCAUAAUAAAUUACACUCGACGAUCGUCGCAUCCCGAUGCGACGGCAAAGAUAGUAAGACUUGUUCCGUUAUACAUCAUAAUAAAUAUUAAUAUGUUCCUGUUUUGCUAUGUGGGAGAAUAUCUGAUAAAUCAGAGUAAAACUGUUGAAUCCGCUGCGUAUGAUUUAAAACGUAAAUACAGUCAUAUUCUAUUAUUCGGGAUAGUGAGAUCGCAACAUCUGAGCACGCUCAUAAUUGGGAAAAUAAUGGAUCUUUCGUUACAACGUUUCGCAAAAGUAAGAUUCUCUCGUUAAAUGAUGUCUGCUAAUACAAUUACCCGAUCGAUCGAGAUCGGACUUCGGGUAGUCGGCAUCUGGCCAGGCGCGACCUACGCGAUCAUCAGUCGAUUUUUCUGGACCACGACGAUGAUAGUCGCACAGAUCUUUCAGUAUCGCCACAUGGCGAUGCACUUUAAUUCCGAGGACAUCUCACAGCUGAUGGAUGGUCUAAGCGCGACGCUGUCAUACAGUUUAUUAUGUGUCAAGUUGAUUGUUUUCUGGACAAAACAACGAAUAUUCAACGACGUGUUAACGAGCAUCGCGACGGACUGGAAGGAAUGUGAGGAUGCCUUGUGCAACAUGAAUAACGUGGCCAAUCUCUCGCAUCGUUUCUCCAAUUUAAUCAUCGGCUUGCACUCAAUGGCCGUGCUGUUCUAUGGCAUUGGCGUCAUCGCCUUGCGCAGCGACGACGUCAUCGACGCUGCCAAUCGUGAACUUUUUCUCAAAAUGGAGUUACCCUUCUACAGUGGCAUGUCGCCAAUUUACGAGGUCGUCAUGACCACGCAGUUCCUGCAUCAAAUGACGGCCGCCACUGUGAUCGGUGUGCUCAGCGCACUGCUCGUUACGCUGGUGCUUCAUGUAGGUGGUCAAGUAGACAUUUUACGAGAAAAAUUAUUGGUCAUUUUACCAAAGGAAAAGAAAACAUCUGUCUCCAUGAUUAUGAUAGGUUCCUUAAUUCGAAAACAUCAAAAUAUCAUCGUUUUCACUGAAAAGAUUGAGAAUCUAUACUCAUACAUUGCGCUAGCCCAAUUCAUAUCAAAUACUCUCGUUAUAUGCUGCUUGGGUUUUAUCAUCGUAAACUCAAUCAGUGCCAAUGAAGGCUCCUCUAUGUUAGUGAGAUCUCUUUUAUUUUACAUUGUCAUUAAUUUAGAAGCGUUUAUCUUUUGUUUUGCUGGCGAAUACUUAAGUAUCAAGAGCAAGAUGAUCGGCGACGCGGCGUACGAGUCUUUAUGGUAUGAUUUAACUCCCAGCGAAAAUCGAAUCCUUCUAUUCUUGAUAAUGAGGUCACAAAAACAAAUGACUAUCACCGUUGGCAAGUUCAUGAAUCUUUCUUUGCAACAAUUUGCAAAUAUCAUUAAAUCGUCAGCAUCAUAUGUCUCUGUGCUACACGCGUUAUAA